AUGUCCAACGUCAAAUCAGGCAGAAAAGUGUGGGACUCCUAUUACCACUUCUUCCCCUUCUACAUGCUCACGGGCAAAGAGCUGGUGAUGUUGCACUUGUUCAUCAUCUCGUUCAUCUCGUUUAUUUGCUGGGGGAUCUACUCGUGUUUGCCUGGCUACGUGCCAUUUGUCAUCUCCAGGGGGAAGUACUACUUGACGGGCUCACACGAGGCCCUUGGCAACUUUGUGUUGAAAAUGAAGUAG